AUGACAGCAGCGACGACGACAAGCGACAGACGCGCGACCUCGCCAUCGCCAUCGAUCUCGACAUCACGACGGCGCGGAGAAGCAUGGUGGAGCAUCCAUCCCUUCCGUGGCAUGGUCAACGAUGUUCGUCGGAGAGCGCCUUACUACGUGAGCGACUGGCUCGACGCGUGGGAUUACCGUGUUGUGCCCGCCACAAUCUUCAUGUAUUUUGCCAACAUUCUGCCCGCCCUUGCCUUCUCACUCGACAUGUUCCAAAACACAGGAUCCAACUACGGCGUAAAUGAAGUCUUGCUGGCGUCUGUUCUUGGUUCUGUUGUCUUUUCCAUCUUCUCCGCUCAGCCUCUGGUUAUAGUUGGAGUAACUGGUCCCAUCACGGUAUUCAACAGUACGGUUUACGAUAUCAUGAAACCAACUGGCGUCAAUUACCUGGGAUUCAUGACCUGGAUUGGAAUAUGGUCACUAAUCCUGCACUGGAUCCUUGCCAUCACAAACUCGUGCAACUGGCUGCGAUGGGUUACGCGAUUCCCCUGCGACAUCUUUGGAUUCUAUGUGGCCUUCAUCUAUCUUCAAAAAGGCAUCCAAGUACUGGAGCGCCUUGGUGGUGACAGCGCCUUCUACCUCUCUAUUGUUGCGGCUCUGUUACUCUUUAUGGUUGCUUACAUCUGCGGUGAACUUGGAGCCAGCAGCCUCUUCAGACAUCCCGUUCGCGUCUUCUUGAAGGAUUACGGCACGCCGUUGACCCUUAUCUUCUUCACUGGCUUUGUCCACAUUGGACGCAUGUCCGAGGUCCAUCUAGCGGUGCUCCCAACUAGCACUGCGUUUGAGCCUACAGGGGAUCGAGGAUGGCUUGUCCAUUUUUGGGAUUUGAGCGUUGGGGAAGUCUUUACUGCGCUCCCAUUUGCCAUACUCUUGACAAUUCUAUUUUGGUUCGACCACAAUGUUUCGUCCCUUAUCGCACAAGGAAGUGAAUUUCCCCUGAGGAAGCCUGCUGGCUUUCAUUGGGACUUCUUCCUGCUUGGCAUCACCACAGGGGUAGCCGGUAUCCUUGGCUUACCCUUUCCAAAUGGCCUGAUCCCACAAGCACCCUUCCACACAGAAUCUCUUUGUGUCACCAAAGCCGUCAAGAAACUCGAUGAAAAGGGUGAAGACAAGGGAGAGUAUUCUUUCGAAGCAACCCACGUUGUCGAACAGCGUGUGUCCAAUCUUGCCCAGGGCCUCCUUACCCUUGGCACCAUGACGGGUCCUCUUCUCGUCGUCCUCCAUCUGGUACCACACGGAGUCCUGGCGGGGCUCUUCUUCAUCAUGGGCUUUCAGGCUCUUCAAGCGAAUGGCAUCACCGCCAAACUGCUUUUCCUGGCUCGCGAUAAGAACUUGACGCCCGCGAAUUCGCCUCUCAAAUCAGUGAAGCGGCGCGCCGCGAUAUGGGGGUUUGUCAUUGUUGAGCUGGUCGGCUUUGGCGCCACUUUUGCUAUUACACAAACCAUUGCUGCCGUUGGCUUCCCAAUCAUCAUCUUGCUCCUUAUUCCCGUGCGCGCCCUAGUCCUGCCCAGGAUAUUCCGUCCAGACGAAUUGGCAUUGCUAGACGAGCCAACUGCUUCUGAUUUCACCAUGGAGGGCAUUGGCGGCUCCUGGGGGGGUGUCGAGCAGCAAACUGGUAUUCAAAGCAGCGACGAUACACGUGUGGCGAGCAGAUCUUCGUCCUCUCGAAGAAGUGACAAUCCUGGAGAUGUUCACCGUGACUACAAGAGCCAAGAGGAUCUGGCAGAGCUUGGCCAAGCUCCCUAUCCACGAAAUACGGUCACUAGGAGGAGGAGUGUCGAUAGAAGAUCCUGA